AGUCGGGGGCGUGUUCGGGAGCUGGUGAGAGAGUUUGUGGUUUGGGGUGUUCAGACGCAGCAGGCGCGUAGCGACAGCCGGAGCUCAGCGCUUUGCGGCGCUCAGAAUGCGGCUUCAUAUCUGACUCCAGGUGCGACUACGGAGAACAGAAAACAUGGUCAGCGGCAAAAGGGUCCGCCGCCUUAUAACCAGAGGAGAGAUACAGGGUUUGUGCCUUCUGCUGCUUUACACCAGCCCUCUCUCCUGCUUUUCAAAUUUCAGCCCUCUCAUCUAUAAGAUAAAAGAAGGCUUACCCAAGGGGACUUUAAUAGGGGCCAUUGGCACAGACUUACAUUUGGAUUUCUCCGUUGAUCCCCCGCUUUUAUUCAAUCUGGCACAAAAGAAGAUCAACGAGCAGUAUGUGGAGCUGAAUAAUACCACAGGGGAGCUGUUCACAUCGGCAGUGCAGAUGGACAGGGAGAGCCUGUGUGCGGAUCGGGGCGAGGGUCAAAGCUGCUCACUAGCGCUGGACGUGUUCAUUCUGCCGCAGCAGUACUUCCAGCUGGUGAAGGUCAAGGUCCUCAUCGAGGACGUCAAUGACAACCGUCCGCGCUUCCCGUCGGACGAGAUCCGGGUGAAGGUGCCAGAGAACGCACCGGUAAACGCGCGCUUCGCCGUGGAGCAGUCGGCUGUGGACCCGGACCUCGGGGUGAACAGUGUGCAGACAUACUGGCUGGUCAACGACUUCGGGGUGUUUACGCUGGACGUGGAGGAGAACGAGGGGGGCGAGCUCACACCCUUCCUCAUUGUGACCGAGGCGCUGGACCGCGAGAGGCAAGCGGAGUACGUGACGGAUAUCAUCGCCGAGGACGGUGGCUCCCCUCCGCUCCUCGGCACUGCCACCCUGCGGGUCGUCAUCUUGGACAUUAACGACAACUGCCCCAAGUUCAGCGAGGCACAGGUGAAUGUAACGGUGUAUGGGAACGCCACCCGGGGCAGCCAGCUGGCGCGCCUCCACGCCUUUGACCACGACCUGGGGGCCAACGCUCAGAUCAACUACUCCUACAGUGAGCGCAUCACCAGGGAAACCCGGAACCUCUUCCACUUGGAUAGAGUGACUGGCGUGAUUAAGCUGGCAGGGAAAAUCGACACCAACACCGCCAAGCUCUACAAGCUGACCGUGCUCGCCAAUGGACCGGCCUGCAUCCCGGACGUCGCCACGGUGACCAUCCACAUCAUCAAGGUGGUGUCGGGACCACCGUUGCUCAUCCCACGCUACAUCGCGGCCGAGAAAGACGGCGUGGUCUCGCUGAAGGAGUCCGAGCCGGCGUUCACCCCCAUCGCCUUUUUCACUGUGAAGAACAUCGAUUCGCGACAGAGGGUGGAGUGUCUGCUGGAGGGCUUGGGCCCGUUUAAACUCUCCCCUUACGAGCGCUUCAAAAACGAGUACCUGCUGGAGACCACCGAGCCGCUGGAUUACGAGAUGCGGCAGGAGUACCAGCUCACCAUCGUGGGCAGGAACCUCCACGGUGUGGUCAUUAAGACGGUGGUGAGGGUGCAGGUGGAGGAUGAGAACGACAACGCCCCAGUCUUCAAGCAGUCCAUGCUGGAGAUCUUUGUGGAGGAGAACAAUGCCCCCAACACCUUCCUCACCAAGCUGCAGGCAACAGACGCAGACAGCGGGAGCCGAGGGGAGGUGGUCUACCUGCUGGGUUCGGACGCACCCCCCAAUAUCUUCUACCUGGACCGUCAGUUGGGGGUGCUGACGGUGACCACCUCCCUAGACCGUGAGGAGAAGGAAACGUACCGGUUCAUGGUACGUGCAGUGGACUGUGGGUCACCGCGGAGGGAGAGCAUCGCCACGGUCAUCAUCACUGUGCAGGACCGCAACGACAACAGCCCACGCUUCAUCAACAAGGACUUCACCUUCUUCGUGCCGGAGAACUUCCCGGGGUUCGGCGAAAUUGGGGUGCUGUCGGUGACCGAUGCUGAUGCCGGGAAAAAUGGCUGGGUGGCGCUGUCCAUCCUUAAUGGCAGCGACAUCUUCGUCAUAGACACAGGGCGUGGCGCCCUGCGUGCCAAGACCUCACUGGAUCGCGAACAGCAGGGGACCUACUACCUGUGGAUCGAGGCAGUUGACGGAGGCAAGCCCGCCCUCUCCUGCAUCACUAUGGUGACAGUGCUGCUCCUGGACGUCAACGACAACCCACCCAUUGUCCUCUUCCCCCAAUCCAACCAGUCCUACAUGCUGGUGCUACCCAGCACCUUACCGGGGACCUCCAUCACCGAGGUCUACGCGGUAGACCGGGACACAGGCAUGAAUGCGGUCAUCGCAUACAGCAUCAUCAAAAGGCUGGGCGGCGGGCAGAGCUCCUUCGACAUCGACCCCAACACCGGCAACAUCACCCUACGCAGGAGCCUCAGCGACCGUGGCCUCUACAGCCUGCUGGUGAAGGUCAGUGACCACGGGCAGCCUGAGCCACUGCACUCCACCAUUAUGGUCAACCUGUUUGUCAAUGAGACGGUGAGCAACGAGAGCUACAUCCAGAGCCUGCUCUUGCGGCAGGCCGAGAUUGAGAUCGAGGAGAGCAUUGGAUCGCGGGAAUCCCGCCAGUGGAUCCAGGAUCGGCAGGUGUUCCCGUGCCAACCGGUCAUAAUCGGGCUGUUGACAACCUGCCUGGGACUGCUCAUCAUGGUGGUGUCACUGACUGUGUACAUUAGCUGCAGAAAGCUCCGGAAACAUAAAAAGAAACGAUUAGAGGUGGAAAUCCCUUUAAAAAUGAACAGUGACAUGCAAGCAGUGGACCGGAAACUCAUGGAGAUUUCCAACAUAUGAUUUUUUCCCUCUGCAUAGACACUUUCUGUAGUUUACAAACACAUCCUGACAGAAAAGAGAAAGAGGGACAAGAAUAAGGAAAAUGGACGACGUUUACACACUGCUCAAUGUAAAAGUUUUACAUUUUAUCCCACAGAGGACACAACCUAGUCCAAAGCCUAAACUGUUAAUAUUGUAUAUAAAAUGUUUUAUAAUUUUAUGAGAAAAUCUUUUAAUUGAAGAAAAAAAUAUCUUUAAGAUAAACUAAUAUUUUCACAUGAGAAUGUGAAACUUGUAUUGUCAAAUCAUGAGAAUUUUGACAAUAUUGCCUAUUGUCUAUGGGCAAGUGAUGACAUGGUCCUUGUUACCCCUUGACAUUAAUCUUUGACCAAAUGAAUAUGUUCAAGUCGAAAUGAAAUGAAGGUGUCUUCAACUAAAUUCAAACUAAUUUUGAUAAUCUACACAGCUCCCUGCUCUUCUCCAGAAGUCAGUAACUACCCUUUCAACACAAAGACAAAAUGCUAUUGUGCUGUGAUGUGACAUGCUGGUGACAUUUUGUUUUUCUCAGGUGUUAGAGAUGUUUUGUUUUCCACACAUUUGUGGGCUAUGUAGGACAGAGUUCAGAUGCGUUCAUCUUAGACUGGUGUGCGUAGACCUCUGAGCACUUCACCGUGCUCUGAUAUCUGCCAUUGCUUGCUUCCCUCGCUGGUGUCUAGCGGGUCUCAUUCGCUUAAGUCUCUUGUCAGAUUUGUCAGGCUCUUCCCUCACCCGAUGUUUUUUUUUGCCCGAUGGUAAAUUCUCACUUUCAUAACACAAGUGGUUCUGUUUGUAUGUGUCAAUGGAAUUAUAUAUGACAAUUAAAAGUCCUUUAUUUUCAUACUAA